UGGCAUUUUCGGUGGAUAAAAAACACCGGACGAUGAUUUUCAUUUUCUAUUUAGUCGCGACUUGAAAAUAAAGGAGUUAAAAUGGGACUAAAAACAAUUUUAUUUUCAUUGGAAUUAGCAAUUUCAUUUAACUUAAUAAACCCAGCGAAUCUGGAUGUCCCGUCAUUCGAAAAUAUCCAGGAUAUGAUCCUCGAGGAAAAAUUCGUCGAGUCCCUGAUCCUGCCAACGAUAAUUAAGGAGGAAAGGACGGUAUUGUCACCGGUUUUGGAACCAGUUUUGAAUCCGAUAAAGGACGUGACUUUUCAUCUAUUCACGAGAUCUAAUCCGGAAAGAGGUAGUGCGAUAAAAGUUGGAGAUUUGAUGGGCCUCAAGGACUCGGAGUUCAUGCCUGACAGGGGAUUGAAGAUGGUCGUUCAUGGAUGGACUGACAAGGGAACCACCAAGUGGUUGAAAAUCAUCCGGAGUAAUUACUUGAGUGAGGAAGACUGCAACGUAAUUAUUGUUAAUUGGUUUCCAACUUCCAUUAAGGAGUAUCAUGUGGCUGCUAAGUUAACAGAGCAGAUUGGCGCCUACGUUGGUGAAUUCCUCCAUUUUCUGAACGUCGCAACCAAUAUUUCAUUAGCUGAUGUUCAUAUACUGGGUCACAGUUUGGGGGCGCAUAUAGCUGGUUUUGCUGGUUCAAGUUUAUCCGGCGAUGUAGGCAGAAUAACGGGACUGGAUCCAGCUCGGCCAGCUUUCGAAGCUCCCGUUAAUAAAGAUCAAAAGAGCCGAUUAGAUCCGUCAGAUGCGAUAUUUGUGGACGUUAUCCACACUUGUGCAGGCACUUUGGGGUUCAUUAAAUCCGUUGGACAUGCAGACUUUUAUCCGAACGGGGGGACUUUUCCCCAGCCUGGAUGUUCUCCCCUAGUUGCACAAUAUUGCAGUCACGCGAGAUCCUACCAGUUCAUGGCUGAGUCCAUAAUCUCCCCAAGUGCUUUUGUCGCGACCAAGUGCGGUAGCUGGACAGAUUACAGAACUGGAAAAUGUGAUAAUUCCACAGCUGUCAUGGGGAAUAAUGCCAGCCCUGAGAGUCGGGGCUCCUUCUUCCUGGAGACGAAUGGCGAAGUGCCUUAUGGCAAAGGAGAUUCGAAUUCUCUACGCUAAAUUCUGCAGGAUCCCCCAGACCCUGGCGCCUCUCCACUGGGGGUCAGUACUAUCAUUGACGUGCACCUCUCCAUUAAUCUACCCUCUUCGUCCAGGACUGUCUCUUCCAUCUGUGGCACACAGAGGUCGUCACUUGCAGGUGCACUAGACAUGCAGGUUCCCCCUCUGACCCACAGAGGUCGCCACUUGCAGACACCGAGAGCAUUAAGUCAUUAAGCUUCAUGAUUUACAUCAAGGGAGAGGACAAUGGAAAGGACGUUCAUCAAAAAUGGAUCUGAAUACUUCGAUAUCCCCAGGUAACACCCAGUGGUUUCGUAAUUAGAGGGAUGACUGACCCCCAAGGAAGAUGUUCUUAAUAAUCUAGCCCUUGAAAACGUGUGGUAGUGGAACAGAAGUCAAGAAUUUGCAUGAAAAGUGGAGUUUAAUGUUCUCUAAUAUUGUACAAAAGCAUCACACAGAGAUCACCAUCGACCAAAGUAAUAAAAAAUAUCAUCGUCCGUAUAAAAAAGCAUCAGA